GCUUGAUGAUGGCUACCCUCAUCGCUUUUCUAUCUUCCUCGGGUCUUUCUUUUUUCUAGUUAGGUCUGCUCCGCCACAAAUAUAUAGCAAAAAUUCUAAGUCUAACCUAUUGACUGAGGCUGAGCAACAGCAACUACAACUACAAUGUAGUUUAUUCGCAAUGAGAGCUAUGGUCGAACUGCCUCAGCAGCAAUCAUGUGAAAAGCGGGGGUCAGCACGUUCACGAUGACCACUCGGCUGCUGGUCCUCCUGCUCUUUGCGCGGUUGCUUGCCUUUGGCCACGCCAUUGUUCGCGAUGUCGCACGAGAGGCGCAAAAGUUGAGGGACGAGGAUGCUUCGGUGCACCAAGGCAGACAGAGCGUUCGCAUCGAGGGCGACGCGCUGCUUGGUCUUCCGCGCGACCGAUUGGAUAUUCACAACCGCAGUUAUGCGAGAGAUAUUUCUUCUGGCGGCGCAGUGAGGUAUUAUGUCUACGAGGACAUGUUCCUGAACUGGCGACGUCCCGGCUCGUGCACUUGGGGCAAAGAUGAAAAACCUCUCGAUUUCGUGGAGGAAGAGCAACAAGGUGACAACAAUGGCAACAUCGAUUAUCAGGGCUUCUUCUCGUCUUCGGACGACGAGAAGAGUCAUCAAAAGGAUCAGCGUAGUCCGUUGUUGAACACGAUUGUUAGCGAGACGGGCGCUCCACCCAAGCAUGCGUCGGAUAUCGUCUUUUCCGACCGGGCACUGGCCGCGGAUCAUCCGUGGCGCACUAGAGACCCUUCGAAAGCGCAAGUUUUCGUUCUUCCUGCACUUUUAAACCUGUUUUCGCAGGCGCACACCAGUUACGCGACUUCGUUGUUACCGAUUUGCUGCGAAGGCGUGUGCAAUAUGGAGCUUCUGCGUGCGUUUGACGAGAAGCUUGGCGCAUCGCCUUGGUUUCGUCGGAACAACGGCACUGAUCACCUUGUCAUCGCGAGCCACUGGAACUCGAGGCGGCUGCUGCAGUGGCAAGAAAAUGACCUCUUCCAGUAUGCACCCUUUCCGAACAUCAACCGAGCCAGCCUUCUUACCUUUGAUUAAGGCUACAAGAAAUCCGUCUUCGUACUCGUAGGUAUCUACAUCUUGGUCCCGUUUCUGUAAAGGGAAAAGGAGGCCCAAGACGCUGGCGCAGAUGGAUUGCCCUUAGUUCUAAGUUCAAGACAGCUGGACCACGAGAGGUGUUUCCGAAGGGACGAGGCAUCCUUCUGCCGUCGUUCUUACUCGUACUAGAGCAAGUAAUAACAUUACCGAAAGAACGACAAAUCGUUGUAGAAAGAGAAUACCGGAUCUGUAUCUUCCGGUGCUUUGUGGUGGAUCCUAUGCUGAACGGGGACUGACAAUGCUAGGCCACGAACAAGAUAGUAGUACAAGCAUUGUCCAACUACAAGAAAAACAUAGACAUCAAGUUCAAGAAGCGAAGGAGAGAACACAGCACGAAGUAGAGGUACAGUCUUCGCAGGCGCGCUACGAGCGUACUGGACUGUUCUCUAUGGUCGGACAGGUGGACAAACGUAGGCCAUACCAUUUGCGCAAGUGUGCUUGCGAAUCGAUCGCUGAGAUUUCCGAUGUGAGCGUGCGUGAACGGAGUAUUUGCGCUAGCACGUCGCCGCUGGAGGAGCCAGACUUACCGGCGACAAAUUAUUCGGCGUUUCCCAACUAUUGCACCGGCGAUGAGGAUCACUGGCCAACGCAAGGAGUUUCUGAGGUACUCUGUACACUGCCCCCUCCAGGAUACGAGCAAGAUCAUGCUGAUUCUGUCCUGCCAUUGUUCUCAACUGCGAACUCGACAAUUUCGUCUCUUGCGGUCUCUUCCUUUCUAUCUCGAAAGGGAAACGGCCAAGAAGUAGAAAGGAAACGAACCGUCGAUGAUGAUCUUCAGAAGAUGAAAAACAGCAUCAAAAUAACAUCUUCAUCCUCCUUUUUCCAUGCUACUGCAACGAAGAAGAAGAAGAAAAAGAAGACGACACUACACCGGAAAAGACCACGAGGAGCCAGUAAGUAUUGCGAUGUAGUGGCCAAUACGAAAUUCCUUUUGCACGUGCCUGGCGACACAAUAAGCAGCAAUCGGCUCGCCGAUGCAAUCGAGUAUGGAUCAGUUCCGGUGUUUUUUCUGGACCGUCAGACGUCGCCGGCGAUCUUACCCUUUACAGACCGCAUUCCCUGGCAGGACAUGAGCGUGCGUCUUGGGGCAGACCGUCACGGCUUAGCAGGAUGGCACGCGCAAGGAACAACGGUGCUGGAUGAGAUGAAUAUUCCUGGCCAAAGCCGUGCUUCAGACGACGUAGUUGUUCGUGAGGCAUUGUCUGUGCCUUCCAGGACGGAAAGGGGAGGUGAUUCCAGGGUGCAUGCAGGAAGCGAUUUGCGAACGGGGAGGACGAGCAAGAAGAUAGCUCUAUUGAAACAAAGUUGUAGAGAAAAGACGAAGAUGAGACUCGAGGGUGAACUACAAGAACAUCAACUACAAAAGCCGUAUGAAGCCGCCUCCUCGCGAGGAGAAGACCGCCAUAAGUUGACUCACGCAAUGCACGCUGACGAGGAGGUUUGCGAUCGGGGCCGGUUAGCUUCCGUACUUGCGUCUAUUGCGCACAUGCCCUCAGCGGAAGUGGAUGCGAAGGCCCGAAGUCUAGCUCUUUACCGGCGUUACCUGUCGUGGACGGCGCGUGACAGUCGGGUCUUCGAAAUGUUUCUGCAAGAAAUGGUCACAUGCGACCACUAGUCUGACAUCAAAUCAGGUUCAGGGGAGAUGGAAGAAGAAACAGACAUGAUGAUUCCAGUUUUACAUCGGGAACCACAAGAAGAUGGCCAUUUUUGAUCGUGUUGCGUUGCUUUUUUUUUGAUGUUGUUGUAAAAUAAGAAUACACCGUGUGUAAAGAUACAACGUACAUGGGAAAACACUGUUUAACUUUAACUGCCAUAUUUUUUUUCCAAUACGAAGCAACAGCAAGAUCCAGUUGAUAUUACCACCUGGAAAAGUCAGCCGACGAGGCACAACGGCAAUCGCACCGUGCUGGUAUAAAACGG